GUUCGGCCGUUCAUUCUCGAUCGAGCUCCGCGCCGCGCGCACGAUGGCGAUCCGCUGCCAGUUUGAAAACUCCAACGAGAUCGGUGUCUUCUCCAAGCUCACCAACUCGUAUGCGCUCGUGUGCGUCGGUGGCAGCGAGAACUUUUACUCGACGUUCGAAGCCGAGCUGGCGGACCACAUCCCCGUGAUCCACUGCUCGAUGGCGAGCUGCCGGUUUAUCGGGCGCGUGUCCGUCGGCAACAAGCGCGGUCUCCUCCUUCCCAACUCCACCACAGACCAAGAAAUGCAGCACAUUCGCAACUCGCUCCCCGACUCGGUGGUCGUCCAACGGGUCGAGGAACGGCUCAGUGCCCUCGGCAACGUCGUCGCGUGCAACGACCACGUCGCGCUGGUCCACACGGAUUUGGACCGCGAAACAGAAGAAAUCAUCGCCGACACACUCGGCGUCGAAGUGUUCCGCCAGACGAUUGCAGGCAACGCGUUGGUCGGGAGCUACUCGGUCAUGUCGAACCAAGGAUGCCUUGUGCAUCCCCGCACGACCGUCGACGACCAGGAAGAACUGAGUUCGCUGCUCCAGGUGCCUGUCGUUGCAGGCACGGUGAACCGAGGCAGCGACGUCCUUGGUGCUGGCAUGGUCGUGAACGACUGGACGGCAUUCUGCGGGCUCGACACCACGUCGACCGAAAUCUCGGUCGUCGAGAGCAUCUUCAAGCUGCAGAAUGCCCAGCCAAACGCGAUCGCGUCCAACUUGCGCAGCGCCUUGAUCGACUCGAUGACGUAAACUCUAAUCUACCUCCUCCAUCUACCUC